ACCUGCCACACCAGUACAGAGGACACGCCUCAGAUAGACCAGCGAGCUGUCUAGUCAAACUCUCUCUCUCUCUCUCUCUCUCUCUCUCUGCUGAUUUAUUAUCGUUUACGCAGGACUAUCUGAAAAGCCUGUUUUAUUUCUUUAUAUUAACUUUGAAUCAGAACCAAAUUAUGAAUCCAAAUAGAAGCGAUAACACAUGGAAGACACCAAACACUGGACCGAACCCCGGAGUGGACCAAGCGCAAGUGGAUGGAAAUGAAAACUACUCCACAAACCAAAAUACACAGCCCCCAGAUUCUCGGAAUCCGACAUACUCUGAUGGAUACACCAUGAUCCAACCGAAGGAAUCAACACGGCAGAAAUUGCUGAGGAUGUCACAGAAAGAAGAGAAUGAUCGACAGAGAUGGAAGGAGCAACAUCGUCCUGGCCCCAUUCAUUUGGCCCCAGAGAAGCUAGGUGGGAAUGUAUCAUUGUCAGAGGUACGACAGAAACAGCAAGCUGUGGCCCGCCAUUCCAAACUUCAGAAAAAGCUCAGAAAAGAGGACAUGGAUCAAAGAAAGAGACAAGAAGAGGAAGAAAAGAAUCAGCACAUGAAGGACAUUCAAAGAGAAAAGGCCAAUAAACUAGAAAUGAAGAAAAAGCAGGAGGAAGAACAGAGAAAGAAGCUGUACCAACAUGAAAUGCAAAUGAAAAGAGAAGCGCAUCUUCAAAGGCUCGAGAGGUCCGGCUCAGUUCCUAUGGCAGCAAGCAGCUCCACACCCGCGUCAUCCUGGGCUCUAGGACACAAAUACAGGGAGGGCAGGAAGGCAGAGGAAGAAAUGACCCUGCAGCAGAUGAAAGAUGAGCAACGAAGGAAGAGUGAAAUUUUGGAAGAAAAACAUAAACAAGAAGAGGAAGACAGGCAAAGACAAACGGAAAAUGAACGGCUGCGGGUGAACUCGGCGUUCCUAGACAGACUGGAGGCGAGAGGAUCAGGUAGAGCGUCUGAGUUGCUCCCCUGCACGCCGGAGCUUAGUAACGUCUGGCAGACAGAGGAACCGCAGGACCCUGCCUCGUCCCCUGUGCCCUUCCCAUCACAGCUUCACACUGACAGCGCAGCGGAGGAGGGUAACUCAGAUUUAUUUGCCAGACAAUAUACUGACAUCGAUUGGGUUAUAAUGAAGCUUCAGAAUCAUUUCUCUUACUGUGAGCGAGAAUAUCUGGAAGAAAUCGUCACUCAAUGUAACGGCAAUUACCAGCAAGCUUAUGAUCUACUCAACAUGUAAAUGUUAGUGUGGAGGACAUUACUAGCUUAACUAAAUACUUAGAAUGGUGGAAGUUUCUCCUGUACCAAGCUACUUUUUCGGCAAGAAGCAGGGUAACACCACAUUCUUGUUUUUUCCCCUUUUCUCUAAUUGUUUCUUGUUAGCUUUUAGUCAAGCAAACUACAAACUGUACAAACUAUUGCAUCUUUUAUUUUUAUAUAUUACAUAAUUAAUAUAACAUUAGUGUAAUGUAAUUCAUGUAUUAGUAAAUAUUAUCUAUGCUGUCAAUGACCUGUGUGGAGAAUAACAGAAUUGUGCUAUGCAGUGACGAAAACAUGACAUUCAAGAUCAUGUACAUCAAUGUUUAUGAGUGUGAAAGGUUUACAUUGCAAAAAAUGCAUAAAUAAAAUCUUGUACCAGC